AUGUUCAAUAUACCACGAGCGGCAAUCAAUAUCAAUGAUGGUUUCUAUGGUAAUCAUACUAUUAGUUGGAAUGUCAUAUUCAAUACUGUGCGAGAAACUAGUGACCAUGGACCAAUCAACACAUGGGAUCGACAACCAUUUUUGAGUGAUGCAGUGCAACGUGGCGUACCUUCACUCUGGCAACAUGAAAGUUCUAUUCAUCAUAACACUCUCUUCAAUAAUUACAACGCUUUAUGGCCCAUUGAUCAUGAUGAUGGUAGUUGUUUCUAUGAAGAUAGUUACAAUUUUCAUGUGUAUGGUGGCAAGAAAAAUUUUUUAGGUCAUUCAAAAAUAGAUCAUCAUCAAAUUUAUGUCUAUUCAGAUGCAAAUAGAGGCGACUUCGGUAGUAACGUGUGUCUUGGUGAUUACGCUCCUUCACGAGGUUCUAGUGGUUGGAAUGAAAUUUGGGUCGAGAACACUUGUGUACUCUACCGGAAUCCGUUGCCUUACAAAAUUGAUAAUUGUGAUACAGACAAUCUAUUUGUACCUUAUUUAGCAAAUAAUAAAAUCUAUAUUCCAUCUGGUACACAAGCUGUAUUUACGUGUAAAGUCAAUGGCAGUGCCAGACAACUUAGUUUAGAACAAUGGCAAUCAUAUGGUUUGGAUAUUGGUACUAUCGUCCAAAUCGCACCCGAUGUUCAAACAAUUAUUGAAUGGGGUCGCAAAAUGUUACAAGCAACAACAUAA